AUGCCGGAGAGCCCGGGCGAGGACAAGUCCCGAUAUCGCUUCGAGUGCUACUGCAGCCGGCCUCCGCGAUGGACCUAUGAUGCGAUCCCGUUCAGCGGGGCCUAUGGCGCAACUCUCGCGGUGUUGGCCGCAGUUGUGGCGAAUCGAGGUGAAGUGGUGGCAGACCACUUCCUCCUCUUCCUGCUCCCGCUCGCGCUGCACCUCAUGCUUUUCCUGGCCACUCAAUGGUCUGUAGAGGUGCGCUGCUGGGUCCGUUACAAGCAAGAGCCGGCCGUUGACAAGGCCACUCACGUCAAGGUGGUCCCUCUCCCACACGAUGGGCAUGGCCACGAUGCGCGGGUGGCCUUGGUACCGCUUGUGCAGGAGGAUGGUCAAAAGUCCCUCCUUUACCUGAAGAAGAAGUUUGUCUACAAUGCAGCCGCGGGGAAGUUUGAACGGCUUCGUUUUGAUAUUUCUCUGCCCUUGGAGCACUACCUCAGCUCAACCGGACUCACAGCAAAGGAGGUGGCUGAACGCAGGAGAAAGUAUGGAGAGAACAUCUACGACAUCCCUCUGCCGGACUUCUGGGAACUUUUUCAGGAGCACGCAGUGGCUCCCUUCUUUGUCUUCCAACUCUUCUGUGUGCUCCUGUGGCUCAUGGAUGAGUACUGGUACUACUCCUUGCUUACGCUGUUCUUGCUAGUCGUGCUUGAGGCGCAAAUGGUUCAUCGCCGGCGCCACGACCUGUCCGAGCUCCGGGCUAUGCGCAUCCCGCCAAUGCCCACGCUGGCCCUGCGGGAUGGCCAGUGGCAGGAGAUCCAAAGCAACGAGCUUCUGCCUGGCGACGUCAUCGGCAUCCAGCGGAAUCCUGAGGCUUCCUUUCCUUGUGAUGUGCUGCUGUUGCAAGGAAAUGUCCUGGCAAAUGAGGCGAUGCUCACAGGGGAGAGCGUCCCACAGAUGAAGGUCCAUGCUGCUGCAUCUGGCAACGCAGCAGGCCAGAUGUUGGAAAUGAUGGGCCGGCACAAGCAGCACAUCGUCUCUGCCGGGACGAACAUCAUGAUGCAUCAGAACUCGGAGAAAGGCCGGAACCAGUGGAAGAAGGUCCCAGCCACACGCACCUCGACCCUGGCAGUGGGCUAUGUCCUGCGGACUGGUUUCGACACGACGCAGGGGAAGCUGUGCCGGACAAUCCUCUUCAGUGCGGACCGCGUCACCGUGUCAAGCAAGGAGGCAUACUUCUUCAUUGCCAUCCUCCUGCUCUUUGCGGUUCUGGCAUGCAUUUACGUGCUCUAUGACGGCCUCGUGCUGGUUCCAGCCCGUGGGGAGACACCACGCUCCACAUUCAAGCUUUUGUUGGCUGUAAGCCAUAUCAUCACGUCCGUGGUUCCACCAGAGUUUCCGAUCAUGCUGUCGCUGGCUGUCAACCUGAGCUUGGUCGCGCUGGUCUCGAAGAGGAUUUUCUGUACGGAACCUUUCAGGGUGCCGCUGGCCGGACAGAUUCAAACUUGCUGCUUCGACAAGACCGGAACGCUCACCAGUGACUCCAUGGAGGUUGGUGGCGUCCAUGGCUUGGAGUAUCCCGCCCCGCCGCUUGCGGAAGCCGUGGACGAGAAGGAGGUGCGGGAGGCGGCACCUCCCCUGCAGCAGACGCUUCCCUUUCUCUGCACGGCCGUGAUGGCCGCCUGCAAUGGCCUCACCGUCGUGGAGGGAGAGGUGGUGGGCGACCCUUUGGAGAAAGCGUCCCUGCAGGCCAUCCGCUGGCUCAUGAAGGCCCCAGACCUGGUCACCUCGAAGACAGGCAAGGGUGGCGAUCUGCUCCACGUCCUCCGCCGCUGGCCCUUUGUGUCCGAGCUGAGGAGGAUGGCAGUCGUCGUGCGCCAUCGGGGGCCCGGCCAAGGCUACCAGGAAACAAAAGGUGGCCAAAAGGAUCUUGACCGAGUGCUCGCUCUUGUGAAGGGCUCGUGCGACGUCCUGAAGCCUCGCAUGGUUCAGGUGCCACCAAACCUGGACGAGAUGCAGGAUCAGCUCACCAAAUUUGGCUUCCGCGUGCUCUGCCUGGCAGCAAAGGAGCUGUCUGCCGGCACAAGCAUGGAUGCCGAAGCCUUGGAGCGAGAGGACGUGGAGGCUGGCCUCCAGUUCUGUGGGCUCUUGGUCCUGCGGAACUCUGUGAAGCCCAACACGUCGAACACCAUCCGCCAGCUGCGGCAAAGCUACCACAGAGUCAUCAUGAUCACCGGAGACCAUCCGUUGACUGCCUGCCAAGUGGCGAAGAACGUGAGCAUGGCAGAAAACCGUUUCCUCGUGCUGGAUGAUGUGGACCCCUCCGCAGCACUGGAGUGGAAGUAUUGGGACCACCAGGUCCACGACCAGAUCCCCUUCACGCUGGGGCCGCAGCUGCAAAAGCUGGCACGGAGCCACACACUCUGCGUCACGGGAAGUGCCCUUGCAAGAAUGAGCAAGGCUGAAGUCACUUGCGUGGUCGAACUGGCCACCGUCUUUGCGCGGGUGUCGCCGCAGCAGAAGGAGCAGGUGGUCCUUGCGCUGAACGCCAAAUCCCAUACAGUCAUGGUGGGAGAUGGUACCAAUGAUGUGGGGGCCCUCAAGCACGCGCACGUGGGAAUCUCGCUGAUGACCACCAGCAUUAUUCCUCGCCUGUCUAUGGCAAGGUCGCAAAAGUCGGUCAACGAGCUGCUGGCCGACAACGGUCAGGUUCCCCUUGUGCGGCUUGGCGACGCGAGCAUCGCCAGCCCCUUCACCUACAAGGGCGACUCCAUCAAGUGCAGCAUCCAGGUGCUGCGCAGUGGCCGUGCCACACUCUGUUCCGUCCUCAUGAUGUACAAGAUCAUGGGUCUGAACAGUAUCCUCUCGGCAUUUGCCAUGUCUGCGCUGACGUUGGAUGGUGUCAAGCUCGGCGAUGGGCAAACUGCAAUGGAAUCCCUUCUCACGUCCAUGUGCUUUUUCCUCGUCUCUCGGAGCACGCCCGCCAAACAGUUGGCGAGACAGCAGCCGAUCAGCUCCGUCUUCGCCUGGCCGGUAGUGGCAACCCUGGCCUGUCAGCUGGUCAUCCACAUGGUCAUCUUGUUCUUUGGCUGGCAGAUGGCCAACCAAUGGCGGGCGAAAGAUUUCAAGAGAGACCUGGAGGGCGAGUUCGCACCCAAUCUGACAAAUACCGUGGUCUUCGAGCUUAUGGCCGCCAUGCACGCAGCUUCUUUCCUUGCGAACUACGAUGGCCACCCCUUCAUGCAGCCGUUGUCCACGAACCGGCCGUUGAUGUAUAGCCUGGUCCUCUUCGUGACGGCCAUCAUCGCCUGUGCCUCCGAAGUGGUCCCGGAUUUAAACCACUCUCUAUCCCUGGUGCUGAGCCCUAACGAGGAGUUCAGGCGGACGCUGCUGAUGCUUGUGAUUGCCGACAUUGGGCUCUCGGUGUUCAUCUCGCGGCUGAUCAGCAGCCUCGCCGUUCGGCUCCGCGGGCACCUGGCGGAGCGCCGUGCCGCAGAGCUGGGACUCGGUUUGCCGAUGGCCGAGUCAUCGAAAACUCGGGCAAGUGGUAAACAAAAGCUGUGGCAUUCGCGAAGAGGGCUUGCGACGGUUUCGGCACGAAUCCCUGCCCUCCAUUACAAAGGGUCUUCCCAACGUUGA